AACAAUUCAUACAGACAGAGUUUGAGAAAAGGAGUAAUCGGGUCUGCAAAAUAUUGUAGCUACUUUUAGAAUUAUUUUCAGGAUCACGAUCACAUGACCGACCACAACUUGCGAGGUGGUGCCACAACAUUUACGACCGAUUAGAAAGUGUAUUUUUGACCUGGAAGAAGUGAAAUAAGAGAUUGAGUCAAAUCCAGCCCUUGUCCAGAGUCAGGAAUAGUUUGAAAAGAUGAGAAUUCUUUUGAUCCUAGCCUGCUUGACGUUGCCCCUUCUGGGUUCCUGUCAGUACCAGCCCAACUGGGAUUCCAUCGACUCAAGACCUCUCCCUGCUUGGUAUGAUGACGCCAAGUUUGGAAUCUUCAUGCACUGGGGCGUCUACUCUGUUCCAAGUUUCUUCAGUGAAUGGUUUUGGGAUCGUUGGCAAGGAGACCCUCCCUAUCCAUCUGUCGUCAACUUCAUGAAAGAGAACUUCCGACCCGGUUUCACGUAUGCUGAUUUCGGACCCAUGUUCACGGCAGAGUUCUUUGACCCCAAUGCUUGGGCUGACAUCCUGGAAGCGUCUGGGGCAAAUUAUGUUGUUUUGACUUCUAAACAUCAUGAGGGCUUCACCAUGUGGCCAUCCAAUGCCUCAUGGAACUGGAAUGCAAAGGACAUUGGUCCUAAGAGGGAUCUGGUCGGUGAAUUGGCAGCAGCUGUGCGCAGCAGAACAAAGAUUCAUUUUGGCUUGUACUUCUCUCUCUUUGAGUGGUUUCAUCCCCUUUUUCUGUAUGACAAGGCAAAUGGCUUUCAAACAAGAGAGUACAGAAAUCAAAUUAUGAUGCCACAGAUAAUGGAUAUUGUCAACAGCUACAAGCCGGAUAUUGUCUGGGCAGAUGGGGCUAAUGCUCCCGACUCUUACUGGAACAGUACAGAGUUCCUUGCCUGGCUUUAUAAUGAAAGUCCUGUUAAGGAUCAAGUAGUGGUGAAUGAUCGUUGGUGUAAAUCUGGCUGUCUCUGCAAACAUGGAGGAUAUUUUACGUGCAAUGACAGAUAUGAUCCAGGGAAACUGCAAAAUCAUAAGUGGGAGAACGCCAUGACGGUGGACAUGAGCUCAUGGGGAUAUGUGCGAACGACUCCGUUGAGUGGCAUCUUUGAUAUUCAUGGUCUGAUCCAGAAGCUUGUCAGGACAAUAAGCUGUGGUGGUAACCUUCUUCUCAACGUGGGUCCGACCCACGAUGGUCGCAUUGUACCCAUCUUUGAGGAGCGUCUUCGUCAGAUGGGGUCAUGGCUAAAGGUCAACGGCGAGGGCGUGUAUGGAUCCAUCCCAUGGAGAAAGCAGAAUGAUACAGUAAACCCAGAUGUCUGGUAUACCACGACCAAGAAAUCAGAUGCUGUUUAUGCUUUCCUCUUGAAGUGGCCUCAAAACAACACCGUUUACAUUGACGCUCCUGUCGCAGAACAGAACACCAAUGUCACCAUGCUGGGUUACGGUCAACCUCUGAAAUGGGAGAUGGGACCAGCCUAUCAAGGAAUGAAUAUCAUGCUUCCCUUCCUCAAUCCCUCUCAGACGACUUGUCGAUGGGCCUGGGUUUUGAAGCUUAGAAAUGUGUUCUAAUUAAAGCCCCGUUCAGAUAUGACACGGUUUUGUUAUGAUUGCAUAAAGUGUAAUAUGUUUUACAUUUCUGUAUCUUAUAAAGACAGAGCCAAGUAAACAUGCCUAUUGGACCAUUAAUGUGGUAGUUGCCAUUCAUUUAAACGUUUAAAAAACGUGUUUUGUUUUUUGUGGUUUAUUGCGUCAAAUCUGGACAUGACUUUAGCAUUAAGGAGGUUGAGAACUUUAGAAGUGCUUUCAUUUCGUGAUAACUCGAAGUAAUUUUUUUUUGUUUUCUUCCUGGCUGUUUAUGACCAGUUGUACUUAUUUGAUGCAGUUAUUAUUUCAAUUUGACUGAUAACUCAAAGUAAAUUUUGUAUGUUUUCUUCCUGGCUGUUUAUGACCAGUUGUACUUCUUUGAUGCAGUUAUUAUUUCAAUUUGUGAUAAAUCAAAGUAAAUUUUGUAUGUUUUUUUUUCUGGCUGUUUAUGACCAGUUGUACUUCUUUGCUGCAGUUAUUAAUUCAAUUUUUGAUAACUGGAAGUAAUUUUUUUCUUCUGUUUUCUUCCUGGCUGUCUAUGACCAGUUGUACUUCUUUGGUGCAUUUAUUUAUGGUCAUUUCAGACAGUGUAAACUUUGAUGUUAAUAUUCUGAAGUACUUGUUACUUUGUAAACUAUGAUUAUAUAUCACAAAUCUUUGGUAUCAGGGUAAUUCUAAUGUUUAAAAAAUUGGAUUCUCUAAUUUUUUAAUAAGGAUCGCAAUAAAUGAAAUGUUAUAUCUCUUAUAUACUUCUGCUUAAAUAUAAAGUAUUCCAUACAUGUCUUUGUAUUGAUGACAAAAACUUGCCUCCAUAUUUCGUAUUAGUGUGCUUAUUUCA